GAUCAACUCUUCCCAACCUUGAAGCGGAGAGGGAAGAAUUUGAGACAGAAGAGUCUAGAGAAAGCAAAAGCAACCGAAAUGAGCGGAGCCACGACGGCGGCGUACUUAGCUCGAAGAGCAGCGCAAAAAGAGAGGGUUCGGAUCCUCUAUCGUCGCGCCCUCAAAGACACACUCAACUGGGCCGUUCAUCGCCACCUCUUCUAUCAAGAUGCGUCUGACCUUCGGGAGAAAUUCGAAGCCAACAAGCGUGUGGAAGAUCUUGACACAAUUGACAGAAUGAUAGCUGAUGGUGAAGCAAGUUACAAUAAGUGGCGGCACCCUGAUCCUUAUAUUGUUCCUUGGGCUCCUGGUGGUUCCAAGUUUACUCGAAACCCUGUUCCACCAUCUGGGAUUGAGAUUGUUUAUGAUUAUGGUCGAGAAGACAAUGACUAAAACAUGCAUCUUUUCUGUCCCAAUAAAUAAAGGUCUAGAGGAUCCUUUUGAGUGUAAUGUGGGAUCAAGGGCAGCAUCUACUUUGCAUUUAUUCAAGUGAAAGCAAAUGAAAGCUUUAAUAACAUUCAUGUGGAUGUUCCUUUGUUUCUAUUGCUUUGUGUCUGGGUUUCUGUAUAAGAUCUUUGCUCAGAUUGAAAGGUAUCAAAUGCUUGUUGAGGCAUAGAAGUACGAUGAUCAUGAUGAAUUCUUCAAAAUAUUUUUAUGCAUCUUUUCA